CAAAAGACAAGUAAUAUGGGCUAGAAGGAGUACUUGAUUUACCGGAAGAAGUACUAUUUUGGCAACUGAAGUUGCAACCCAAAGGUUGAAAUAAUACUGCAGCUUUGUUUCUACAACUGAUUUUAUGAGUGCUUUAUUGCUCUAUCAUAUCAGAACCAGACAUACUUGCCUUCACAACAAGCUCUGCGCUUUGAACAUUUACUUCAGCACAAUCUCAGUCCAAUGCAGACAACAGCAGCCCAUAAACCGCCCCUUUCAAUGCCUACAGCACCACCUAGAACCAGAAAUCUCUGGGUUUCAUCAAAAGGGCUUCUCCAAAAUCACCCAACAAAUUGUUGGAAGGGCAGUUCAUGCAGUUUGUCUAAAGGAAGAACCCCAUUUGAGCAUUUUCCAUUACAACACUUUGAUCGGUAUGUAUUCGAAAUUUGGGAACACCGAAGCUGCUCGUCAUGUGUUCGAUUUAAUGCCCGGGAGAAAUGGGGCGUCUUGGAAUAAUAUGAUAUCUGGGUUUGUUAGGAUGGGUCUUUACUGGGAUGCUGUAAUUCUUUUUGUUGAAAUGUGGGGUUUUGGAAUUCAACCAAACGGGUAUUUCAUAGCUAGCUUGUUGACUGCAUUCAGUAGAUUGGAAAAUAUGGUUUUGGAAGGAUUUCAAAUUCAUGGAUUGGUUUUGAAAUAUGGUUUGUUGAAUGAUGUUUUUGUGGGAACUUCUUUUCUCCAUUUUUAUGGUGUAUAUGGACUACCUUUUAGUGCUAAAACACUGUUUGAGGAAAUGCCUGAGAGGAAUGUUGUUACUUGGACUUCUUUGAUGGUCGCAUAUUCCGAUAAUGGUUACCCAGAGGUGGUAAUAGAUCUAUACCAGAGAAUGAGACAUGAAGAGGUGUCUGGUAAUGAAAACACAUGUACUGCUGUUAUUAGUUCUUCCCUAGCUCUUGAUGAUGAUUUUCUGGGUCAUCAAAUGCUAGGUCAGGUUGUAAAGUCCGGAUUCCAAGACAAUGUUUCUGUAUCAAAUUCUCUUAUUUCGAUGUUUGGUAGUUUUGGUUGCAUUGAAGAUGCCUCUUAUAUCUUUGAGGGCAUGAUUGACCGUGACACUAUAUCGUGGAAUUCGAUUAUUUCAGCACUAGCAUAUAACCAAUUGUGCGAGAAAGCGUUCAGCUCGUUUUCUGAAAUGCGUCAUGUUCACGAUGAUGUCAAUUCAACUACACUUUCUGCAUUGUUGUCUGUUUGUGGAACUAUCAAGUGUCUAAACUUAGGCAGAGGUGUUCAUGGUUUGUCGUUGAAAUUGGGAUGGGAUUCUAAUAUUUGUGUCUGUAAUACUCUUCUCUCCAUGUAUUUGGAGGCUUCGAGGCCCAAAGAUGCGGAAAGUUUGUUCUUUGCCAUGCCAGCAAAGGAUGUGAUUUCGUGGAACUCCAUGAUGGCUGGUUAUGUUUUAACAGUUAAGUACUUCAAGGCUUUGGAAGUGUUCGCCGAACUGCUUCACUUGCAAAGAACAGUUAACUAUGUGACUUUCGCUAGUGCUUUGGCUGCAUGUUCAGAUGGUCAGUUGCUUCUUGAAGGAAAAACUGUUCAUGCUCUUGUAAUUGUUCAUGGGCUCCAUGACAAUUUAAUAGUUGGCAAUGCAUUAGUCACCAUGUAUGGGAAGUGUGGUAUGAUGUUGGAGGCUAAAAAGGUAUUUCACAAAAUGCCUGACAAGGAAUUAGUCACUUGGAAUGCAUUGAUUGGUGGCUAUGCAGAUAAUAAGGACACACUUGAGGCAGUGAGAAAUUUUAAGUCAAUGAGAGAGGAAGAGAAUUCUCCAAAUUACAUCACUUUGAUUAAUGUUCUUGGUUCUUGCUCAACUGAAACUGAUCUGCUGAAGUAUGGCAUGCCGUUGCAUGGACAUAUAAUUCUGACUGGUUUUGAGACAAAUGAAUACGUCAGGAACUCUCUCAUCACUAUGUAUGCGGACUGUGGCGAUCUCGAUUCAAGUAAUCUUAUCUUUGAUGCACUACUAAAUAAGACAUCAGUGACCUGGAAUGCUAUGCUUGCCGCCAAUGCUCGUGUUGGUCUCUGGGAGGAAGCGUUGAAACUUCUUCUGCAGAUGCAAAGGGAAAAACUGGAGUUUGACCAAUUCAGCCUCUCUGCUGCACUUUCAGCUGCAGCAAACUUGGCAUCCUUGGAAGAGGGUCAACAGAUUCACUGUUUAGCUACUAAACUUGGGUUUGACUCAAAUUCUUUUGUUGGAAAUGCUACAAUGGAUAUGUAUGGGAAAUGUGGUGAAAUGAAUGAUGUUCUGAAAAUAUUCCCCGAACCAAAUAUGCGUCCAAGAUUGUCUUGGAAUGUAUUAAUAUCUGUUUUUGCCAGACAUGGACUUUUCCAGAAAGCUAGGGAUACUUUUCACGAUAUGGUAAAGCAAGGUUCAAAGCCAGACCAUGUCACUUUUGUCUCUCUUCUAUCAGCCUGUAGUCACGGUGGUCUAGUAGAUGAAGGUCUUAGAUAUUUUGCUUCUAUGGCUUCUGAAUUUGGAGUCCCGGCUGGCAUAGAGCACUGCGUUUGCGUAGUAGACCUUCUUGGAAGAUCUGGAAGGUUCCCUGAAGCCAUUGCUUUUAUUAAAGAAAUGCCAGUGCCACCAAAUGACUUCGUUUGGAGAAGCUUGUUGGCAGCAUGCAGGAUGCAUGGAAAUACAGAACUAGGAAAGGUAGCAGCCGAAAAUCUUCUGAAAUCUAACCCAUCGGAUGACUCAGCUUAUGUUCUUUAUUCAAAUAUGUGUGCAACUUCGGGGAGAUGGCAGGACGUUCAGAAUGUGAGAGCUGAAAUGGAAUCGCAUAAAGUGAAAAAGCAGCUUGCUUGCAGUUGGGUCAAGUUAAAGAACCAAAUAUGCACCUUUGGGAUCGGAGACUUGUCUCACCCGAAGUCAGAGAAAAUAUACGGGAAGUUGACAGAACUGAGAAAAAAGAUUCAGGAGGCCGGUUAUAUUGCUGAUACAAGCUUUGCAUUGCAUGACACGGAUGAAGAACAGAAAGAGCACAAUUUAUGGAUGCAUAGUGAAAGACUUGCACUAGCAUACGGUUUGAUUAGUACUCCUGAAGGUUCAACUCUUCGAAUAUUUAAGAACCUUAGAGUCUGUGGCGAUUGCCAUUCAGUUUUCAAGUUCGCAAGCAGCAUUAUUAGGAGGGAAAUCAUAUUGAGGGAUCCUUAUCGGUUUCACCAUUUUAGUGGUGGCCAAUGUUCUUGUGGUGAUUACUGGUGAUAAUGGUGUUGGUAAUCUGUGAUAAAUUUUAAAGAUUUGACUGGUAUUGUUGACUGCGCACUCUACUUAGCUCUUGGAAGGGAGCACCAGCCCGAUUGUGUCGAGCAGGAAAUGAACUUUCAUGGCAAUUUCUGUAUAUUCCUUUUUGUCCUUGCUAGAGACUGUCCCUGAAACUAUGAAAGAAAUUUCCUCCUAUAUCUAUAAGAACCUGUGAAGAUGGUUUCUAUGAGGAGAAAUGAUGGGAUUUUGGAGAACCGCACAGAGAAUCAUCCGGCUAUAUGACAACUUUUAAUACUUUAAUCUAUACAAAAGAUUAUGUCCACCCAAUGUUACACCAAGUGAAUGAAUAUAAAAAGUAUACGUCUCUUUACAAACAUUUUCAUUUAACCAUUGUUAAGUAAUAUGUAUUUUAUUUUAAUUUGUAACUUUUGAGGUUAAAGUGUCCAUUUUAGCCAUU